AUUGUGCAGGAUCCUGUGCUGUUUACCGGGACUCUGAGAACAAAUCUGGAUCCUUUUGGAUCUUAUUCUGAUGAUGCCUUGUGGUUGGCCCUCGAUCAAGCCCAUUUAAAGAACUUUGUGUCAUCCUUGGACAAGGGAUUAGAACAUGAAGUCGCUGAAGGAGGAGAAAAUUUAAGUGUUGGACAGAGACAACUAGUAUGCUUGGCCAGAGCUUUGCUCAGGAAAUCUAGGGUUUUAGUUCUGGAUGAGGCCACAGCAGCAGUGGAUGUAGAAACAGAUGAGCUCAUACAGUCCACCAUACGUACAAAAUUCAAUGAUUGCACAGUAUUAACAAUAGCACACAGGCUUAACACAAUCAUGGACUAUGAUAAGGUCAUUGUGUUAAGCAAAGGAGAAAUAGUAGAAAUGGACAGACCUGAAAAUCUUCUGAAGAAGGAAGACUCUAUGUUUUAUUCAAUGGCUAAAGAGGCAGGACUUGUGUAAUUCAUUAUUGAACUCCAAAUGUUUGCUCUGUGAUAAAAUGGAUGGUUUAGCAUUGCUGAACUAAACCAAAGUUUUUUGUGGAUCUCAACACUUUUGUCCAAGGCAUUGCUGAAAAGAAUAUGAGAGGACUUGUUAUAAGAAUUUUUACUAUUAUUAUUAUUAAAUAGUUUAGAACUGGAUUUACUGACUGAGUUUUCAUCAAAAUUUAUUUCAAGUUAUGUAAGGAGCAAAAAAAAUUUUUUUCUGUCAUUUAUUAUACUAAACACAUUUAAAAAAACGUAAACAAGGAAUGGAAGUUUUUUUUUUUUUUUUUUUAAUGGUUUUUCAAAUAAAGCGAAAUGGAUAAAUUUAGGGUUUAACUUUUAAAAUAAUAAUGUGUCACAUUGGCUGCCACCAGGUGAAAUUAAAUACUUUGUAUGUUUUAUAUUACCCAUAAUCAUGACUGGUUUUGAAUUUAUAUUUUUUGCAGGCAGGGUUUGGAAAAGGGUGAGGCAGUUGCCUCAGAUGGAUAAUUGGGAAGGGUGCUAAACUUUCUUGGAAAGAUUAAAAACUAAUUUAAUAAUGAAAGAAAGAAAUUGUAGUAAAUAAUUAAAUUAUAUAAAUAUGAGUUAAAGACAUGCCUCUAUAAUAAUUUUACGGAGCUGAUUUUUAAUUAAUAAUUUUUUACUGUAACUUUUCUAUGAAUUCCAAAAAUGAGAUUGAGAGAAAUUUUAACCCAAUUUGAAGUAACAGUGGUAAAUUGAUGACAUGAAUGUUUCCUAAAAAUACUGAAAAAAACUUCAAGCUUAAGAUAAUAAAAAUUUAUUUCACCUGUUUAUUUGAUAAAAGUUAAUUGAUUAAAAUAAUUAUCCAGCAAACACAGAUUGAUUAAGCAGAUUUUGAAAAAUUUGCUGUUGAUUUUGUAAUUAUCAAUAAAGGUUCCCUCCUCAUUUUUAAAGGAUAAAUCACAUUGGAUGCAAAUGAUCAUUAUGAAAAUUGCAGUAACAGUUACAGCACAGUCAUGUAAAAGUUAUCUUAAAAUUUAUUUAACUAAAAUAUGCAAACAUUUAUUUAAUUUUUGUAUUAAAUAAAGAAGUGAAUAUUUAUUUGUUUGCUUCAGAUAAUUCUUUGCUUAAUUAAAUAUCGCAAAACAUGCAAAAGCUAUGAAUGUAAGAAGAGAGAAUUCUUUGUGAAAAGCAUUCUAAAGGUUGUUGGCUCGUUGUCUUAUUAUCCAUAUGGGAAAUACCCUCUUCCCUAAGAUUCAAAUCUAGGUUAAACUACUAAUGAUCCAUGAUUCUUCUUUACAUGAAGAAAUGCAUGUGUUUGCCUCUCCAAAUAUGAUAUGACCGUACCAUUUAACUUCAGUUUAAAUCAGUUAUAUUUGAAAGCAAAUGUACUUUAUGAAGCCUUUAUUCAAAAGUCACCAUUAAAAAAAAAAAAAAAAAA